UAAGCCAGUAUUUACUUCGCUGCUUCCUCGGGCGAGCUCGGAGUUCAGGGAGGUACCGCGGCUUGGCUCUGGACUCCACCGGAGCAGGGCAGGUUCUGCUCAGGACUGGAGGAAGUUCGUAGGCGGCUGCACCUGGGAGGUGCGAGCUGGGGAGCAGCCGAUCGCGCUUGGCGGCGGCGGCGGCGGGAGCGCCGGGGAGCUGAGCCCGGCGAGGUCGGGCAGCAUGGAGCGUUCCAGAGCUCCGCUGCUGGUUUGUUUUCUCCUCAUGGUGUUGAUCUGGGUCCAUGAAAUUCCAGCAGUAAACUUCACACACGUUACAGCACGGACUCUUUCUCCAUGUUACUCUGCUAAUCUUACACCAACAUCAGACAGGCUAAUCUGUGCUGUAGGCUGCACUGUGGUGUUCUCUCCACCAGGCCUGAAUUUUAGCACUGGGAUUGUACGCUGGGAUUAUAAAAAUGUCUCCUCCACAGUUCUGUCCAUCUUAGUAUAUUUUAAGGACCAAUCAAAAGUUGAUUUGCAUCCUUCAUAUAAUGGGAACGUUGAGUUCAGCAAAACCAAUUGGAGUCUCCAAAUAAAAUUGCAGUUGGGAGAUGGAGGACUGUACAGAUUUAGAACAAGCUCCCACGAAACUAAUUGGUUCCAGCUCGAGGUUAUUGAGCCCUUGUCUCAGCCAGAGCUCUGGAGCAGCUCUUCCUUGGUGGGCUCCACCACCGAAUUUGUCUGUAAGGUUCCAGUAGGGAAAGUUGAUUCCUAUCAGUGGAAGAAGGAUGGCAAGCAUCUCCCUGAAGACAGUCGCUUCCUGCUCUUUCAGAAUGACAGCAUGUUACGUAUACUGAACACAACACUGUCUGACAAUGGGGUGUACACCUGCGAAGUCAGCAAUCAAGUCAGCUGGAAUGAAACCUCCCUGAAACUAGACAUCCAGAAUAAUUCAAAUGUAGUUGUGGGAGUCGUUGUGGUGAUUGUCGUUUUUGUACUAGUUGCUGUUUUAUAUGUUUCAAGGAAACAUCUCAGGUGUCCAACACAGUGUUUCUGUGGAGACUCUGAAUUAACAGCUUUGUUUGGAAAUAACUGCUUCUGGCCUCCCAGGGUCAAAAGGAGUGCUGCAAACAGGAACCUGCAAGAAGAGGGUUCCAGGAAGUUCCUGACAACUGGGGGAAUAGUCCAUCACCUGGUGAUGCCGCAAGAACCACCGCAAAUCCCUUCAUUAUGGCAUAUAGUGGCCUCCUUCCAGCUACUCAGUUGCCUGUCACAGUCCCCUGCAUAGGCUUUCCAUGCCUAUGGAGUGUGGUGGUGGGGAAUUUGGCUCUAUGUAUUGGAGAAGGAUAUAACAAAUUUAUGUUUAAACCCAGUCUAAUGCUUCAUCUGCUGGAGAACAUGUGUUGCAGAACCUGCAGGAGGAGACCAGUGUGUAGUUCAUCUGUUCCUACUCAAAUGGGGAUCGAGAAGGCUUGUGCUCAGUGUCACAGCAGGUCUGUUGUGUAAGGUCUUGGGAUAUUGUGAGCCCUUCCCCAACCUCCUCCUGAAAGCAGCUUUUCAGUCUGCAUCCUGCACAGCCCUAGGAACCUAUUCUCUGAGAAAUCAAAACAUUCCCAGACUUUGUAAAUCUCUGUUGGGUGUGUUUGCACCUUGAGGUGGCCAACAGCUGCUCUCCAACUGCAAUAAACAUUCUGUGUCUGUUUGAAAAAACAAAACUUGGGGAAAACUUUUCCCAGUUUGAUCUGUGAGUGGUUCAAGCAGCCCCAACUUUCACUGUCGAAGCCAAAGGCAAGAAGUUUCUCUCCCACCUGGACCUCCCUUGUUUUAAUGGGCUGGAAAAAGCACUCAUAGAAUAUAUUUUCCAGAUAUGAAUGGAAUAUGGCCUAAGGAGGAGUGAAGGCUGCUAGUAGGGGUAAAAUCUUAAACUAUAUCUGAUGAAUGAGACUCUGUAAUACACAUACAAGAGUCGCAUUCAUCAGAUCUAAUUUAAGAAUUUCACCCCUACACUGGCAGCCUUCACUCCUCCUUGUUCCAUGUGCCAUUCGUGGCUGGAAAAUACAACCCCAAAAUUAACAUGAUGUGAUUCCUGUUGCAGACUGUUCAUGUCUCGAUAGAAUAAAAAACCUAAACACUGGGGCGAGGCUGAAAUGUAAACAUUAAAGACCAGCCUCUAUUGCACCAGUCCUGUUGCUGUUGCUCUGAUGUCAACGGCAAAAGUCCCUGGGUCAUUUGUAGAGAGCUCAGCCUUUAAAAAGCUCACAAAAAAUCCACACAGCAUUAGUUGUUUUUAAUAAAUGCAAUAGCAAGAAAAUGUAGAUGUACUUUUCUUCCUUUCCAAAGAGCAAAAUGUUAAGCCCUGAUUCUGAUCUCCCCAACGUUACACCAGUGCAGCUCUGGUAACUUUGGAGUUACUCCUUAUUCACACCAAAGAAAGAACAGACACAGGCCAUUGCUGUGUUCGCAAAGAAAAUAAAAAUAUUUAAAUUUUAAUACUUGUGGUACAAUAGCUCUGCUUGGGACUUAAUAUUGUCACAAUAAUGCAUAAAGCAAACACAUGAAAACUUGCAGCUAUGGUGUUACAGCAUUUGCUCACACAAGAUGCUAAAUGUACCCAAGUCACUUAAAAAUACAAAGUAACCAUUGUCCAGUUUUAUUUAUAGGUGGAAACAAUGUGGUACUCACCAGUUCUAUACUUUAGCUUUGACAAUGUGAUUUCUAUGUAAAUACAUUAGUUUUUUCAAAUCUAUGUAGACUUUUUUUUAACCUAUAUUCAAAUAAAAUGUCAUGCUAACACUGAGUAUCAUUGUAAUUUGUACAUACUGUGAAUGAAAACCCAAUCAAAAAAUCAGACUACAGACAGCUAGCUUUAUCCCCCACUCUCCCCACCCACCACCACAUCAGUGUCAAUGGAAUGUCCUUUCUUUUUCAUUUUUAGGAGGAAAAACAAAGUCAGGUUGGGGUCAUGUACAAUACAGUCAUGUACAGCAGUGGUUCUCAAACUAUGUGCGCUGCUUGUUCAGGGAAAGCCCCUGGCGGGCCGGACCGGUUUGUUUACCUGCCGCGUCCGCAGGUUCGGCUGAUCGCGGCUCCCACUGGCCGCGGUUCGCCGCUCCAGGCCAAUGGGGGAUGCAAGAAGUGGUGGCCAGCCCCUCCCUCAGCCCACGCUGCUUCCCGCAGCCCCCACUGACCUGCAGCGGCGAACCGCGGCCAGUGGGAGCUGCGAUCGGCCGAACCUGCGGACGCGGCAGGUAAACAAACCGGCCUGGCCUGCCAGGGGCUUUCCCUGAACAAGCGGCAGCCCUAGUUUGAGCAGCACUGCUGUACAGUACUGUGUGAACUAGUUGCCUGUGGCAUUCCAAAUACUAAUCCAUGGUGCGUGAAAAAAUGAUAUCAAUGUUUAAGGAGUUUCCCACCUGGAGAGGCACUACUUUAAUCAGAGAAAGGGGAUGGGCAGUAGUGAUUGGCAGGCAGGGGGUGGGGUCCAGAGGCGUGGCUGGAGAAGUCAGAGCAAGCCAGAAACCUUUUUGCUGGUGACAAGGGCAAAGAAGAAAGAAAAGUGAGUGGUUGGAAGUCGCAACAGGUCUGAAGGGCUUGAAAAAAGACUGAGCUAACUUUCCAAAGGAAUGUCCUACCAAAAUGGGGCAGUCACGCUUAGAUGACAAAGGUGGGGCUCCAGAGCUAAACCAUAAGCCUCUGCUGCUUAAAUGAAAAGGCAAAGAGCCAAAUUUGUAAAGGCAUUUUGGUACCUAAAAAUGCCAAUAGUGGGAUUUUUCAAUCAGUAGGCACCUGAUUACCAUGAAAAAUCUGUCCCUAAAUCCUUUAGUGGGAAAUAGUAACAAACUCAAACCUGUGGGGAACCAGCCAGUAGAGGGCGCUCAUAAUCCACACUCUCCUAUCGUGGGUUACAGUAAUACCCAAAAAACAUUGUGUAAGGCAGAGGUCCCCAAACUGCGGGGUGCAGUCCCCUAGGGGGUGUGGAGGAACAUUCGGGGCGGCGGGCAGCAGUGCAGAGGCCAGCCCCCACAGGGGGUGGGGCGGGAACGCCAUCCAACCCCAGCUCUGCUCUGACCCCAUCCCCUGCCGCAGCCCUGGCUCCCAGCCCAACGUCCGGCCCCAUCCCCUGCCACAGCCCUGGCUCCCAGUCCUGUGUCCAGACCCACCCCCGGUCUUGGCCCCCAACUGCAGCCCCAGAUCCAACCCCAGUGGCAGCCUCCUUACCCCUGUUCGCCUCCCACCCCUGGGAGAAGCUGCGGCCCCGCUCCUGACCCUGGCUCCUGGGUGGGGGAGGGGCCUGCAGACAGAGGUAAAGGGGUUGCAACCCUGAAAAUUCAGGGCCUACUGGUGUGGGAAGUGAGAUCCACAAAGAGAUUUAGGCCUCGCAAGGCUGAGCAGCACACUGCCCAACUUUUAGCUACCUAGAAAAAUCACCGCAACACACUGUGCUCGACACAGCCUUGGUAGGUGCCUUGGCUCUCGACACACUGCAUGGGCAGAGACUGGAGCCCAGGAAUGCGCGCCACACAAGCCAGCAUUCUAGGUGUGGAGUCUCAUUGCUCUAUUGUACUCAAUAACUACAGAUACAACACAAGACAGAGGAUGACAAGGAAUAGCCAGCAUGGCUAAACCAACCUCAUUUCCUUCUUUGACAGGCAGGGUGGGGGAUGGGGGAGCAGUAGACAUGUUAUAUCUUAUUUUUUAAUAAGGCAAAUUAAGGAAAGGUGGUUUAGAUGAAAUUAUGGUCAGGUGGGUGCAAAACUGGUUGAAAGACCACACUCAGACCACACAUGCUGCCUCCCAAGAGUCAGGCAUAGUGGAUGAGGCUCAGGUUGAAGCUGGAUGUCAGGUAUGGACUGGGCCCAAGGGAGGGCUGUGGAACUGAGAUCUCUGGACAGGCCAGGGUGAGAACAAGGAUCACAGUC